GACGAGAAUCUAGAACCUAGAUGCGAGAGCUCGUUCGUACGGUACGGUCCCUUGCACGCUAGAUUUCCUCCCGACCAACCCCAGGCGAUGGAGAGCGACACCGUGGCGCCGGCGGCCGGUGGCGGCGGUGAUCCCGUUGAGACCCCGGAGGGCGGGGCUCUCGAGAUCGUGGCGGAGGACGGAACGACGGUGAGGUCGCCGUGGAGAGUGCCGGCGGCGCCGCCUGCGGGGGCGGCGAAGGGUAAGAGCGACGAUGGCCCGGUGAUGGGGCCGGAGUCGUGGCCGGCGCUCACGGACGCCAGGGCGAAGGGUGGCUCUAAUGCUGCUUGUACGAUGCCGGCUCUGCCAGCUGUGCUGCCGCCGGCGUCGGCGGCUGCUGCGACCGCCGCGGGGCAUGUGGGCCCGGUUCCGAGAAACGGGCCACCACCGCCACCGCCUCUUCCGUUUCAGGGAUCAAUUGGAAUGCGCAAAUCUGAGGGAUUUGGAAGCAGUAAUCCUUCCAAUAGACAUCAUCCGCUGCCACCCUCAUAAACAUGGUCCAAAGCGUAAUGCUCCUUCAAAUGGCGUGCCACCAUUUCCUGUACCCCUGCCAUACCACCAACAACCAGGUCAACCGAUGUUAUACCCUGUUUACCACCUCCACCUCUGAUGUUUCCUCAGUAUGCCUAUCAGCCUGGCCCUGCACCAUAUCCUAAUGGUGAACCACAUAUUGUAA